AUGUCAAAGCCCGACGAGUCCAAUCCGGAUAAUGUGACGGCGGUAGCAGAGGUAGGAGAUUUGGAAAAUCAGACGACGGAGGUGGCCGGCGGCGGAGUAUCCAACAUCGUGCGGCGGUGGCAGAGGGAAGAUCUUCUCAAGAGGAGCUCCUUGGCUCUACGCUGCAUCGGCUUGGUUUUCUCGCUGCUGGCUUUCGUUAUAAUGGUCACCAACAAGCAUGGCGAUUGGAGAGAUUUCGAUAAAUAUGAAGAAUACAGGUAUGUGGUUGCCAUAGCAAUUUUGUCGACGCUGUACACCGGAUUUCAAGCUUUCCGACAGAUUUACGAACUUUCCACCGGUAGAGAGGUGGUUUCCCUGCCGUAUGUUGGGAUGAUUGAUUUUUUCGGCGAUCAGAUUGUGGCAUACUUGCUGAUAUCAGCUGCUUCAUCAGCAGUACCUCUGACGAACAGAAUGCGAGAAGGUGCGGAUAACAUAUUUACGGAUGCAUCAGCUUCGGCAAUAAGCAUGGCAUUUUUCGCGUUCCUCUCAUUGGGUUUGUCCGCUCUUAUUUCCGGAUACAAACUCGCGCAUCAAACGCACAUUUGA